CCGCUUUCCUACGCUGAUGACCAAAGCACCGAUGACCUCCAACUGUCGCCCCUGGACGGGCUUGAUGAGAAUGCAUCACCGCCGCCGCCCAGUUACCUCUUCAUCCGCCUCUACCGUGAUCUGGUCAGUGCGGCCAUGGAGAAGGGGAGUCGUCGUCUGGCCGAGCAAGCGCUACCCCACCAACAGACCUGGAUCAAUGCCAGUCUGGUGGGUCUGCCCCUGGGUGAUGGCGGUUUCCGCUGGUACUCUGACGCUGGCUUCCUCUUCAGACCGGAGAGCGACGAAGCCGGGGACUGUCCGUGGGAUUUGCACCACUGCGUUUCUGACGAGCUCUCCCUGAAGUUUGGGUUCCUCUACGUGGAAGACGUUGACGGCUCCGCUCCUUCGCCCAACUUGCCCAUCCACCUUCUUACUUUGGCCAGUAAGCGAACGAAGUCGUCCACUAAGCAACGACCCAGCUUCAGUAUCUUUUACGAACCCCGAAGGCGCAGUAUCGUCGCCCUAGGCACCUUCUUCACACCCCUGGAGGCCAUUCUGUCCACAGAGACCACCUUGGAUUGGAUCAGCGUCAGUCUGUCUGUUAAACCCUUCACCGGUGAAGUGCAACUGAUCGUAGAGUCUGCAGAUGCUAGCACCUCCGCAGUGCCCAUAGAAGACCUCGAGGUUGUCAAGUCGCUCGUAGGCGGAAAUCCUGGUGAAGUGGGCUUACAUGUUGGACCCGUUGGAAGUCCUUUCAGCACAACCACCUUCUUGCAGAUCCUUGAUCAGGAUAGCAUACAGAAGAAGACUGAAGAAGAAUAUGCGGACGACGUGUUGAUGGGUGCAGCUUUAAGCAGACCGAUCAGGCAGAUUCAGCGCACACCCGUGUCUAACAUUAGCUUUGAGGAUAGAUCGAGCUACGUGCGCUACAACUUCCACAAUUGGAUCCGGGAACCCACCACGGCGGAGAAGGUGGUCCUUGAAUUCAUUAUCCCAGACGAUGUCACCUCAGGCCUGUUAUGGUUUGUGGAGGAUAAGAACUACAAACGUUACAUUAUCCUCAAGGACCGCAAGCUCUACUACAAGUACAUCAAGCUGGAUCAAACAAGUGCUGCCAAAUGGACCCUCACCGAGGAGAUUGCCAUCAACGAACACCUUCUGCCUCGCACUCGGCACAUGUUGACCAUCCAGCGUGCCGGUGACGUGCCAGUUCCACGUGAGCAGUAUUCAAGGCUCCAAGUUAGAGACCACCACUACGUCAUCCUAGAGCUCCGUAUCUAG